AUGGCUUCGGUGCAGAUACAAGCAUACAAACCGGUAGUAGGCACCUGCCUCUGCGGCUCCGUUUCCGUUACCAUCCUCGAUGAGGAGUGGUCUUCCACGCAAACGCGCGGCCACCUUUGCCACUGCAGAAAUUGUCAAAAAGCGUCUGGCAGCGUAGUGGCCGCCAACCUCAUCAUCGAAGAGAGCAGAGUCGACAUCAGUGAUAAAUCUGGCACUCUGAAGACAUAUAAUGACCUUGACACUUCGUCGGGCCGGCCGGUAAUACGGACGUUCUGUGGCGUCGAUGGCAGGUAA